AGAGGCAGAAGAAAGAAGAAUUAAUGAUUUGAAAGAAUGUUGGAAGAAUCAAAAGAGAAAUCUAGCCAACUUUCUUUGCACCACUUCCGAACCUCCGUUAUAUUAUCUUCCAGCUAGAUUGUCUCAACCAAUGCUGGAGACUAUAGCGGUACAGAAACGCCAUUUAGCGUUGACACUUUCUCCUUCAAUACAACCAGACAUACAAGAUGUAAUCUCAACAAAUGAGAAAGAAAAUAAUGCCGAAGAAACAGAUCUCAUAAUGAUUGAACAAUCCAAUGUAGUGGGUCAACACAAGGAAGUAAUUGAGGAAAAUCCUGAUGAUACAAAAAUGGAAGAAGAUCAGUCAGAAUUAAAAGUUCUAAAUCCUUCCGAGAAAGUUAAAGAAAAAGAUCAUGAGGAUAUUAGUAUAGCGGAAACGACGAAAAACGCUGUAGAGAUGCCAAUCAAUAAUGAAGAUGAAUGCACGGAUACGAAUGAUGCGAGUAAUGAAGAUACUCCGACCAAGGAUGUUGUAGAUACGGUUGAUAGCAAGGACGAUCCAGUAGAAUAUUAA